AUGAGACCUCUGACUGACGACGAGACGAAGGCUGUUCUUGGGAAAGUUGACAAGUUCAUCGGGAGCUCGGUGAAAUUGCUGGUCGACCGCGAAGAUGGAACCUACUGCUUUCGCAUCCAGAAAGAUCGCGUUUUUUACAUAUCCGAGAAAGUGCUCAAAGUUGCCUGCAAUGUGCCUCGAGCCCAGCUCCUCAUGAUGGGGGUGUGCUUCGGGAAGUUCACGAAAACCGGAAAAUUCCGCCUUCAAGUCACCGCUCUGGACCAGAUAGCUCCCUACGCGAAGGCCAAGAUUUGGUUGAAGCCGAGCGCUGAGCAACAGUUUCUAUACGGGCACAAUGUGCUCAAAGGAGGGGUCUCACGACUCUCUGAAAACGUAGAGAAGUACCAGGGGAUCAUAGUUUACAACAUGAACGAUGUUCCCAUCGGUUUCGGAGUGGCUGCAAAGUCUACACAGGAGUGUCGGAACGCUGAUCCGAUGACGAUUGUUGUUUUUCAUCAAGCUGAUGUUGGGGAGUAUCUCCGUUGUGAAGACUCACUGUUGUAGUGAUAGGUUCUUUAGAUAUGAUGUCCAAUCUCGCUCGCAACCACGGAAUGAGUGUCGACGCUCUUUUGUGAAUACAUCUAUGAUAAGUAAAUCUUGGGAAACCUCUCUCAUGUA